GUCUGGGGCUGGGAGAUGGCGAGAUUUGUCAUGCAUAUUUUGAAUGACCCACGAUGUCCGUGAUGCAUGCCCUAGCGUCACAGAUUUUUAGACAACUUUGCGAUGCCUCUACCGCAUGAGAAACAAAUGCCCUCUCCGCGUAGCACAAAGACAAACUGAAGUCCUCUUGCUGGUCGUGCAAUACAAAUUUUUUUUAGAUUCCAGAGACAGCGUGACAAGUUUAGAAUCUUCCAGACCCAGACAUUUUUGCAAUCCAUACGUUUACACGGAUGACAACUCGCGGUACCUCGGCCAGGAGUACGAGAAAAACCGGCACUUUGCGCAGCUCGCUGGGGACGCGAUGGGGCAGUACGCGCAGAAGUCGCAGGAGCAGUGGCGGAAGGGGGAUAAGAAAGCCGCCAAGGAGUUGUCCCUUCUGAAAGAGGAAAAGCGGAAAGAAAUGGAGCACUACAACCGGCAAGCCGUUGCCGUCGUGCUGAGACCGCAGAUGCUACCAAGUGACGGUACCAAAUUUCGGUCGAACAAGCUGGAUUUGCAUGGCCUGUACGUGUAUCAAAUGUAAAAAUGUCUGGGUCUGGAAGAUUAGAACUUGUUAUGCUAAAUCUGAAUGAUGCAAAAAUCUGUGUUGCGUGAGUGCCAAAAGCUGGCCGCUUCUGACCAAGUUGAGAGGGAGUUUCUCAUGCAGGAAAGGCAUGAUAGAGACCUCAAAGAAUCUGUCAUGCUGAGUCUCGCACUCCAGACCUCAUCGGUCUUGGGAAAGAACCUGCAUCACAAAUCUUGCAUUCUUCCAGACCCAGACACUUUUGCAUUUGAUAACGUCAAGGAAGCGGAGGGCGUCGUGGAGCAGUUUCUGCGAGAGUUCAGUAAAGAGCAGAACACACGGUGGCACGAGCUGGAAAGAAAAGAAGUGAUGAUUGUGGUCGGCGAGGGGCAGCAUUCCGAUUUCAACAAAGCUAAACUGCGGCCGGCAAUAAAACGGCUACUGACGCGCAAAGGUUACAACUUCCACGAAGACGUGAUGUUUAGUCCCCGAGGUGCGACGAAAAACUACGGAGCGCUGGUGGUUUCUGUAUGAUUUUGGUAUACUUGUUGAAUAAUGCGUUUUCUUCAAAUUAUCGCAAAGACAGCACUCACUUCUCAGAUACUUAACUAUCAACUGUGGCAUGAAGAGCAGUAGACACCCAUGAAUUGGAAUUCCUUUAUUUCUGGCGACAAAAAAAUUUGAUUGAAAGGCGUCGAGUUGCGUCUUCAUCUAUCAU